GGGGGGGGGGGGAUAAGGAAGAAGUGAUAGCCUCGGGACAGAUAAGCUCCAGGGAAGGGAAAGAGGGAGGGAACAAGGGAGGGAACAGGAGGGAGAGGUGGGCAGCUUGCUCUUUUCUCUCUCUCUCUCUCUCUCUCUCUCUCUCUCUCUUUCUCUCUCUCUCUCUCUCUCAGUCAGACUUGCCGGCAGCUGGUCUCUUCUUCCUCCUGUCUGGUCGGGUGCUCUUCUUUGCCGGUGGCUGGCUGGAGGAGUUUAGCUGUCUCUUGGCUGGAUUUGAACAUGGACUGGACAGCUACACGCCGCGAGACAUGACAAGAGUCACUGGAGAUACGCUGAGUGGCAGCAGCUCUGUCUUUCUGAAGACAUUUGUGGCAUGAAACCAGAUCACAAACAUCUUUCAUUCAUCACCUCCUCCCUAGUUUCCCUCCCCCACUCUCCAGUUAGAAACUCUCGCCUCAGCACCACCGCAUUGAUGAGGUAACGUCGAGCUUUACGUAGCGCCACCAGCACAAACACCACCUCCCCCCCCCUUGCUUCCCCUUCUUCUGUCAACCUUUCCACGCAGCCAUGGGGCAGAAGAUCUCUGGCGGCAUCAAAUCGGUCGACAGUCGCGGGGAAAGCGGCGGCUCCCCGUCCUACCGGCCUUCGGCGCACCGCCGGCAGCACCCAGAACUGAGGGGCCCAGAUUUCGCCAAACCUCAAAGGCUGGAUCUCCUAUUGGACAUGCCAUGUGCCGGACUGGAGACCCAGCUCCAUCACGCGUGGAACCCCGACGACCGCUCGCUCAACAUCUUCAUCAAAGACGAUGAUAAACUGACAUUUCACCGCCACCCGGUUGCUCAGAGCACGGACUGCAUCCGGGGGCGGGUCGGAUACACAAGGGGUCUCCAUGUGUGGAAGAUCCACUGGCCAUCCCGGCAGCGUGGCACCCACGCCGUGGUUGGGGUGGCGACCUCUGACGCCGCUUUACAUUCGGUUGGCUACACAGCGCUGGUGGGGUCGGACUGUGAGUCCUGGGGCUGGGAUCUGGGACGGAACAGGCUUUACCACAACAGCAAGAACAGGGCUCAAAGCACGCUGCCCACGUACCCUUGUUUCCUGGAGCCGGAGGAGUCGUUCACACUGCCGGACUCACUGCUAGUGAUUCUGGACAUGGACGAAGGGACGCUGAGCUUCAUGGUGGAUGGACAGUAUCUAGGAGUUGCAUUUAGAGGACUGAAGGGCAAGAAGUUGUAUCCUGUCGUCAGCGCUGUGUGGGGACAUUGUGAGAUAGCCAUGAAGUACAUCAACGGCUUGGAUCCGGAGCCUCUGCCUCUGAUGGACCUGUGUCGGCGCGCAGCCCGCCUGGCGUUGGGUCGCGAGCGGCUUCAGGAGAUCGAGGGCCUCCCUCUGCCCCAGUCCCUGAAAAAUUACCUCCAAUACCAGUGACUGACAACAGCAGAGCCAACUGGGAGUACAAGGAUACAAACCAGAACACCUAGAAAGUCUAAAGGAUAAAUAUCAGAUCUUAAAUAAAGGAUGCAGCGAGAGGACGAUACAUGGGAAGCAUGUCCACACUGAGAGCGCCAUAGCUCUACAAAAAAAGAUGGAUUUAUGAAAGGAUGGAGAGAAAGAUGGUGGAUAAACUGACGGAGGAGGUCCAGGCUUUUUAAACAAAGACAACACCAGCUUUUUCUUGGAUUUCGAGCUGCUUUUUUCAUUUGUUCUUGACUUGAAAUAAAUUAUUGGUGAUGGUAUCCCAUCAGCUCAUCUAGGAAGAUAAACCCAUCCGGUGUGGUGAUGAGGCGACAGUGUUCAGAUGACCACCGCCUCCUACUGAUGAGAAUGAAAACUAUGCCGAGAAAGCACACUAAUCCUAUCCCUGGAGGCCUUUCUGACAUAAAGUCAGUGACCAUAUCAUUACUGUUGGAUACCAUAGCGUGUAUUCAUUGUCUCCACUGGCACAGGUGAAAGGCUGCAGAGCAUUUUAGCACUGUUGUUGUUUUUUAUCUGAUUGACUUAGGGCCCGACCAAAAGCUCACAUCGCAUACAGAGUAGAUUAAAAAAAAUGGCUGCAUGGUAUAUGCAAAGUUUAGUCAUAAGAAAAAAGCAUGCCGAACUUCUCUCCUGGCUUUAUGCAGAUAAAUGAUGAGUGUUUAGCCCUUUUCAGACAUGGAAUAAGUAACGUCCGUCAGUUAAAGUGAUGGCUUUUUGUCGUUUGGAAGUGUUUAAGUAAAAGUUUUGUUAUAGAUUAAUUUACAAUUCAUGUACAGUAUUUAGCGCAUAGUGCACCAGAAGAGGUGGUGAAAAGCAAUGAUGUGAAGGAAGAAAGCGCUGGAUUAGAAAAAUGUAUUUUGCUAUUUAAGUCUAAAUUAAUGACCAUUGUCAGCGUUACAGAAGCUAAACACUAGUUUCCACUCAUCAGUCAUUAAUCAUUUAUUAGUUGGUUUUAUAACAUUUAUUUUUAUUUUGCUGCGUAUUUCACAAUAAUGGCCAAGCACAGAAUAACAAGACGUUAGAUUGGGACUCUUGUUUGCUAAUAUGCUGUAUGUGAAGCAUUUUUAUAUGCAGGAUAUUUUAUCCAUGCAAUUAGCAUGAAUGUACCUCUGAUGAUGUUUAUUCAUGUUUUUUAAACUUCUUCUGCCCCUUGCUGCAUGGGUAAAUGGAAAAAAAACCUUCUUAUAAUCUGAUUUGACUGGACAUCUCCACAACUUGAAAUUGGCUCGUUUACAGUGUUUCAAUGUCUUU